GGCUCAAUGGGAGCCGACGGGUGCGCGCCGGCGGGAGCGCGCGAGCCGGCGGCAGGCGGGGGCGGGCGGGCGGCAGGGCCGGGAGGAGGGAGGCGGCGGCGGCGGCGAGAGCCCAGAGCCUGAGCCCGGCCGGGGCCGAGCGGAACGGAGCGGAGCGCGGCGGCGGCGGCGGCUGGGCCGGGAGAGGCUGGCGCGCCGGGCGGCUCCGCGAAUCCUCCGGCAUCCGCCCCGGCGGGCCGCCCCCGCCCGCGGCAGCCCCCGGAGCAGCGGCCCGGCACCGGCGCCUUCCCGGCGGGCAAGAGCGAAUCAUGGAGCUACGCGUGGGGAAUAAGUACCGCCUGGGACGGAAGAUCGGGAGCGGGUCCUUUGGAGAUAUCUACCUGGGUGCCAACAUCGCCUCUGGUGAAGAAGUUGCGAUCAAGCUCGAGUGUGUGAAAACAAAGCACCCCCAGCUGCACAUCGAGAGCAAGUUCUACAAGAUGAUGCAGGGGGGAGUGGGGAUCCCGUCCAUCAAGUGGUGUGGAGCCGAGGGCGACUACAACGUGAUGGUCAUGGAGCUGUUGGGGCCCAGCCUCGAGGACCUUUUCAACUUCUGCUCCCGAAAGUUCAGCCUCAAGACGGUGCUGCUCCUGGCCGACCAGAUGAUCAGCCGCAUAGAGUACAUCCACUCCAAGAACUUCAUCCACCGGGACGUCAAGCCCGACAACUUCCUCAUGGGGCUAGGGAAGAAGGGCAAUCUGGUCUACAUCAUCGACUUUGGCCUGGCCAAGAAGUACCGGGACGCCCGCACCCACCAGCACAUCCCCUACCGGGAAAACAAGAACCUGACUGGCACUGCCCGCUAUGCCUCCAUCAACACCCACCUGGGCAUCGAGCAGAGCCGUCGAGAUGACCUGGAGAGUCUGGGCUACGUGCUCAUGUACUUCAACCUGGGCUCCCUGCCCUGGCAGGGCCUCAAAGCAGCCACCAAGCGCCAGAAGUAUGAGCGGAUCAGCGAGAAGAAGAUGUCAACACCCAUUGAGGUCCUCUGCAAAGGCUACCCCUCCGAGUUCUCAACAUACCUCAACUUCUGCCGCUCCCUGCGGUUCGACGACAAGCCUGACUACUCCUACCUGCGCCAGCUCUUCCGCAACCUCUUCCACCGGCAGGGCUUCUCCUACGACUAUGUCUUCGACUGGAACAUGCUCAAAUUCGGGGCUGCCUCGAGCCAGGCUCAGCCCCGUGACGACGAAGCUAUUGCACCAUUCUGUCCCUGCCCCUGUCCCUGUGCCGGGCCCACGUUCCCUCCUACGUACUGGUGCCCGGCGCCCCUGGGCACCCAGGGCCCCCCAGAUAGGCCCGUGGAGGAGGUGGAGGAGCUGCCCCCCCAAAACUACUGGCCUGUGGUCUGGACUCCAGGGCCCCAUUUCUGACUUCGCCAGGUGCGCCUGAGCCCCUUGGGGCCAGGCCUGAGGAAGCGUCCUCUGGGAUGAUGGGGGGAGCCCCCUGUUCCCGCGAGGUGGCAAUGCAGAGGAGAGGGCAUGGUGGAAAAGGCCCUGCCUCCGGAUUCUUGGGAACGAAGCAGCUGCCCGAGGGCCAGGACAGAGCCUAGAGGAGAGGUGACGGCCACUGCCCAGGAUGGGCCUGGUGGGAACGAACACCAGGAGCAGCGUCACAGCUAGACCCCAGUGGCGGCCUCUGUACUGAACCCGAACUCAUUAAACACCUACCCUGCUUCAUCCUGGUGUGCCUCUG